AUGGCCUCCCCUACGGUCCAUACCAUGCCCGGCACCACCAACCUACCGCUCGCCACCUUCCCCACCAGCCCCGCGACCGCAGCCCUCAAGCCGCUGCAGACCGCCGAGUCCUUCGUGUCGACCGUCAACGCGCACCUCGCCAAGGCCGACACCGAGUCCCUCGCCGCGCUCUUCCUCGAGAACGGCUACUGGCGGGACCACCUGGCGCUGACCUGGCGGUUCCGCACCGUGCAGUCGCCGGCCGCGAUUGCGGGCUUUCUCGCCGACGCGGCGUCGUCGCGCGACGGCUUCCGCCUGCAGUCGGUGGCGCUCGACCUCGGCCUGCCGUCCCGCGCCCCGGCCGUCGUCAAGAUUGACGCCGACGGCAAGGCGGACGUGGUGCAGUUUUUUAUCACGUUUGAGACCAAAAUUGGCUUUGGCACCGGCACCGUGCGCCUCGCCGCGGACGGCAACGGGUGGAAGAUUUACACGCUCGGCACCAUUCUGCAAGGGCUCAAGGGGUUUGAGGAGCCCGUGUUUGGGAGAAGGCCGGCCGGUGUGACGCAUGGCCAGUUUCCGGGGCGCAAGAACUGGAAGGAGAGGCGCGAGGCCGAGGUGGACUACACAGAUGGAAGCGAGCCUCUGGUCAUUAUUGUCGGUGCUGGUCAAGCCGGCCUCACAGCCGCCGUCCGUCUCAAAAUGCUGGGCAUCAACGCCCUCAUCGUGGACCGGAACCAGCGCAUCGGCGACAACUGGCGCAACCGGUACCACCAACUCGUCCUGCACGACCCGGUGUGGUACGACCACAUGCCGUACAUGCCCUUCCCGCCAAACUGGCCCAUCUUCACGCCCAAGGACAAGCUGGGCGGGUGGUUUGAGUCGUACGCGGAGACCAUGGAGCUCAACGCGUGGAUGACGACUGAAAUCACGAGCACCGCCUGGGACGAAGCGGCGCAGAAAUGGACCGUGCAGCUGCACCGGACCAAGCCCGACGGGAGCACCGAGGACCGCACCUUUCACCCGAAGCACCUGAUCCAGGCCACCGGCCACUCGGGCAAGAAGAACCUGCCGGCCAUCAAGGGCAUGGACAAAUUCCAGGGCCACAUCCUCUGCCACUCGUCCGAGUUCCCCGGCGCGCGCAAGGACGGUCCGCCGGGCCGAAAGGCGAUUGUGGUCGGCUGCUGCAACUCGGGCCACGACAUCUCGCACGACUUUUACGAGAGCGGCUACGACGUCACCAUGGUGCAGCGCUCGAGCACGCACGUCGUCUCCUCCGCGGCCAUCACCGCCAUUGCCCUGCAGGCGCUCUUCUCCGAGACGGCGCCGCCGGCCGACGACGCCGACCUGCUGCUGCACGGGCUGCCCAACAGCGUGCUCAAGGCGGUGCAGGUGCAGGUGGGCGCGCAGCAGCGCGCCCACGACGGCGCGCUGCUCGCGGGGCUGGCGGCCGCCGGCUUCCAGCUCGACGACGGGCCCGACGGCGCCGGCCUCUUCUUCAAGUACUACCAGCGCGGCGGCGGCUACUACAUCGACGUCGGCGCCUCGCAGCUCAUCGCCGACGGCAAGAUCAGGGUGAAGCAGGGCCAGGAGAUUGCCGAGGUCCUGCCGCGCGGCCUGCGCUUCGCCGACGGCACGCAGCUCGACGCCGACGAGAUUGUCUUUGCCACGGGAUACCAGAACAUGCGGUCCCAGGCCGCCGACAUGUACGGGGACGCCCUCGCCGCCACCGUCAAGGACGUCUGGGGGCUCAAUGAGGAGGGCGAGUGGCGCACCAUCUGGCAGGACAGCGGCCACCCGGGGUUUUGGUUCCACGGCGGCAACAUGGCCCUCUGUCGGUAUUAUUCGCGGUUGCUGGCGCUGCAGAUUAAAGGCAUCGAGGCAGGCCUGUAUAAGCACGGGGAGAAGUAG